UACAUAAACUAGCAGGGGAACAUGGGAACAGAAAACAAUAUCAGAGCAGCAACAUUUACAACCAUAAGAAAAAAUGACAUACAAUGACAUUUGGAUAUUGUAGUGUUUCUACACAGUGCGCUCUUUUCUAACAUAAACUGCAAGAGAUUUCAUUCCCUCUCUCUCCCCUGUCGGCAGCUAGUUGAAGCUGCUGCUGCUCUAAUCCAGCAGCACUCCCACUUGUGUGGCAGCAGCAGAGAUAAGGACGCACCGAUCUCGGGUCCACUCCUGAGGUUGUAAACCUACACAGCAACCCCCGGCGUCAGAGCUCUUGAUGCGAUGACAGUGGAAUAGAUGCUAAAAUGUCUGAAUAGCAGGACCACAGGAUAGUCUAUCUGAAACAACACCUCAGGCACGACAGAUUGCUAUGUUCAACACGUGCUCGCAGUGUUUCUCUGUUGACUGUAAUAACUGAGGAAAAAUUUCAUUCAUAUCAACUUGGCUCUACAAGCAGACGGACAGACUACAGAAACGGCCUUGCACCAUGGGGAUUGUGGUCUACAACAUCUCCACCACCUCAGCCAGAGUGAACUGGCCGUCGUCCCCCAGCUGCCUGGACACCUUCUACAGCGUCAUGUACGACCCGAACUGGAACAGCCUCCUGAUGGGCUACAAGCGGAAGAGUUUCAUGCACGAGGAACGCAUCCCCGUCAGUCAGACCAGCACACACCUGGCCAACCUCCUCCCCCAGACCGCCUACUUCUUGUGUGUGACGUGUCAGGCAGCCAAUCCGGUGCGGGACCAGUGCCAGGUGUUCAGCACUCUGAGCGACAACAGUGAAGGUCACGACAGAGCUGGCUGGGAGCUCGCCAUGGGCGUCUGGCUGACCUGCUGCAUCUUGCUGCUGGUCAUCGCCGGGAUCCUGUUGUGGGGGUGUCUCCACACCAUCUGCUCCAUCCCCAGUCAGGCCGCAGACAGCUGCCAUGUGGUGACUAACUCGACCUGCCAAGACAUGUCUGGAUCCGGACGCCUCUACACUCCCAGAAGCGGCAGCGAGGACAGCGCCAAACAUGCCACCAUCAUACAACGCUCCCUUCUCUCAGCACAGACCACUGGCCACAUAAUUACCCAGGACCACGAGCUGAGGACGCUCGCUAAGCUUUCUGGUACAGAGCCAGUAUGAAUCAAUUGGAUUGAGGUCAUCAAAGCAUCGUUCUGCCCGGACUGAACCAAGUAUUAUUAAUUACUGAUGAAAUCCUACGGAGUACGGAAAGCAUCAAGAUGAAAAAGGAAAAGAAAUUGAAUUUGUGCUCUCGAUUUAACAAUUUCAGUUUAGUAAUUUUAACACACAUAUAUGGGCCAAUACGCAAAGUUCAGGUAUCAUAAUCAGUAUCGGGAAGAAACGUUUUUUUAUUGAAACAUCUCUAAUCCCAACCCACACACUUCAUUAUCAGUGUGAAAUACAUGCCAUACAACCUAUAGCCCUCUCUCUUUCUUCUGCACAGCAGUGAGCAGUGACUUUACCUAUUUAGUCAUGGUGAUUAACAGUUUCGAUAUUUUCCAGUGCUCUCUGGCUCAGCUAUCGGUAGGAAACUGUUCAGUGGCUGCUGCAAAAGCACUUAGAAUCAUGCAGCCUAAUUUGGUUUAAUUAUAACAGACAGUCAGACAACACUAUGCUCUUUUGGAACAGUUCUCUGAAUUAAAUGUGUCCAAUAGGACUGGAAAACAAUUUAACACAAUGUAAUUGGUUUUGAUUUAUGACAGACAGUCAUAUAUCUGAUUUCAUGCAUAUCAGGCUACAUCAUCGUUAUCUCGUUAUCAGCAGGUGACCUGAGAGCGAAAAACAGAGAGCUUGACGCCAAAAAUAUGUAAAUCGAGAACACUAUUUUUUUUUCCUUCAUGAUAUCUCCCUUGCCCUGUAAAAUCCCGUUUGUGUUUAGGAGAUAUAAAAAUGUUCUCACAGGAACCAUUUGAAAUUAAAUAUGACCGUGCUGCUCCAAAGCUUUCAGUGAUAAAUGUUUUGCAAAUGCAACAAAAAAAUGUAUUUAUCUGGUCAAUAUAAUUUGUUCCACUGUGUUCUUGUAAUUUGUUGUAUACAAACAUCUAAUUUUUUUCCAUUUACCUUGUACAUGUUUUAAGAUAUCUAACAUAUCAUUUCCCAUAAUGAUGCUUUUCCACUUGUAAUCUACAGAUAUUAACAUGUAUUGAAUGUUUGGCUUCAACAUAUUGACUCAUGAGAGGUCAUACACAACCCUUUGAGUCCUGGCAGAAAUCAAUAAAAAUACCCUCCACUGA